GCGCUGUCUCUAUGCUCCUGCGCGUCUCCUCUAUUUAUUGUCGCGGGGAAGCGGCGGCCGCCCCGUACCCGGAACAACAAAGCACGAAAGAGGGAGCCUGAGCCUCGGGGGCUCCUAGCAACGGGCCGGGGCGGGAGUUCCAUGGAGACUGGGGAACGCGCCCGCCUCAUCAUCAUUCUUGUCCUUCGGCUUAUCCUUCGCGUCCGACGCCACCGGCAGGAGCGCUGCCGCCGAGUCCUGUGCCGCAGACCCCUCUUCCCACGGAUGUGAUCUUCGUGGUGGAAAGCUAAGUUUUUAAACUACACCAAUGGAUGCAGACAGUGAUGUUGCACUGGACAUUUUAAUUACAAAUGUAGUCUGUGUUUUUAGAACAAGAUGCCAUUUGAACUUAAGGAAGAUUGCUUUGGAGGGAGCAAAUGUAAUUUAUAAGCGUGAUGUUGGAAAAGUAUUAAUGAAACUUCGAAAACCUAGAAUUACAGCUACAAUUUGGUCCUCAGGAAAAAUUAUUUGCACUGGAGCAACAAGUGAAGAAGAAGCUAAAUUUGGUGCCAGACGUUUAGCUCGCAGUCUGCAGAAGCUAGGUUUUCAGGUAAUAUUUACAGAUUUUAAAGUUGUUAACGUUUUGGCAGUGUGUAACAUGCCAUUUGAAAUCCGUUUGCCAGAAUUCACAAAGAACAAUAGACCUCAUGCCAGUUAUGAACCUGAACUUCAUCCAGCAGUGUGCUAUCGAAUAAAAUCCCUGAGAGCUACAUUACAGAUUUUUUCAACAGGCAGUAUCACAGUAACAGGGCCCAACGUAAAGGCUGUUGCUACUGCUGUGGAACAGAUUUACCCAUUUGUGUUUGAAAGCAGGAAAGAAAUUUUAUAAGUCAUCAAAUAACUGGUUAGAAUCCCUAACGGAGCACCUUUUAAAACCUGCUGCACAUUGGACUCAAAAGAAAAACUGGACCAACAGUAACUGAGGAAAUAGACUCUUUUAUUCUUUCAUGGCUGCGGUGUAGACUCCAAUCCACUUGGAUUUU